CCGCGAUCCCGAAAUAUUGGAGGUUGGAGGGCACAUGAUACGUACAAUGCUUAGGACCCGGGUCGUCAAUCGCAUUCUUUGUCAGCGGAGGCCAUUCGCUACGUCGUAUGGCCUCCUCGCGGCACAGCCGACGCCCCCCAAGGAGACCCCGGCCCAGCCAGUAGCGGACGCGCCCGCGGAGAACCGCCCGUUGGCGGACGUCCCCCGAGCCUACGGCAAGCGCGUCGAGGAGUUCACCCCGACGACCCUCUCUCGCCCGAUCGGCUUCCAUCAAGCACCUAGACCAGGCGAGAACACGGGUGUCGACCGGCGUUCACUACAGCAACGGCGGGAUGACUUUGUCAACUACGAGAAGCACCUCGCGAGGCGAGCGGAGCUGAAGCAGAAACUGGCGAAGCCGUACUUCCGGGAAUGGAGCAACAUAAAGUGGCACAAGGGCAAGUCCUUCCUCGCGCCGCCGCGGCUCUUCAAGGCGGCCCUGUCGCUGUACUUCCCGAACCUGCACGGCCGGACGCUCGCCAAGGGUGACCGGAGGCCGCAGGACACGACGCCGGUGCUGGAGGGGCGGGCGUCGGUCGUGGCCGUGUUCAGCGGCAUGUGGGCCGAGAACCAGAUCAAGUCCUUCAUCUCGCCCGAGGCAAACCCGGGGCUCCAGGCCGUCCUGGACCAGAGCGGCGGCCUCGCCCAGCUGGUGAGGGUCAACGUCGAGGAGAACACCCUGAAGGCGUGGAUCAUCCGGCUCUUCGUCGGGUCGCUGAGGAAACAGAUCGGGAAGCCGAACUGGAACAGAUACUUCAUCGUGCGGAGGGGCAUAUCAGACGAGAUACGGGAGACCAUCGGGCUGCUGAAUAGCAAGGUGGGCUAUGUGUAUCUGGUGGACAAGGACUGCCGAAUCCGCUGGGCCGCGAGUGGGCAGAGCGAGCCGGAUGAGCGCCAAGGCUUGGUCAAGGGAGUCCAGCGGCUGUUAGAUGAGAUGAGCAAGGCGGGCACGCGCCCUGGAACAUUAUUGAGGAAGCCAGCGGAGCCAGCCGCGAGCCUCGGGCCGUAGCUGACCUGCAUCUUUCUUUUUUGCAUUAUUACUGUUUUUGUACCAUCUGUGUUAUUGCACCUGAAGAGAUACCCCUUUCCCACGAAAUGCCUUGACAGAAGAAAGCC